AUGUAUUCUCAAUUGCGUGUACACUGCUUUCGAGUGUCCUUGAGAAGAUUUACCUCUCAAGUUGAUCAAGAUGUACAACUAGCCAGGGAUUGGCUCAAAACCUUCAAUUCCAAGACCAUUCCCCGCAACAUCUGUGAGGUCUCUUUCAGUCGGUCUAGCGGUCCGGGCGGGCAAAAUGUGAACAAGUCAGUGGCUCCACUUGAUCGGGUCAACUCCAAGGCCACUUUGAAAGUCCCAUUGGAUGCAUUGCUGCCCUUGGUGCCCCGUCUAAUGCACCAUCCACUACGCACUUCCCGAUAUGCCGCCGAAAGAACUCAAUGUCUAGUCAUCCAAUCGGACGAGGAGCGAAAACAGUCUAAUAAUGUGGAAUCCUGCUUUGACAAGCUCCAUCAGUUAUUGAAGAGCUCGGCCAAUGAAGUGAUUCCUGGGGAAACAUCCCAAGCGCAAAGAGAUCGCGUGCGAAAGUUACAAAAGGCUCAAAAUGAGACUCGGAUUAAAGACAAGAAACAACACAGCGACAAGAAAAGUAGUCGCCGGGGAAGCAAAUACGAUGAUUGA